AUGGCUUUGGUGACUUUAGGUUACGAGCAAUUCACCCGGGUACAGCCUCCUAAGGUGAACAUUGCUCAAGAGUGCGUUCUCGAUCUAUGCUUGCUCGACUGCAAUGUGUCGGUGAAUGGUGGAAUUCCCGAAACCAAGGUCUUGCAUGCUCAGCAUGGCGUUCAGUUCCAAAGAAAUUUCACCGUAGGUUCUGUUUCCAACACUCUCUGGUGCUGGAGGCAGCCUGGCGUGGGCGAAGCUGAUCUCUACUGGGCGUCCUCUGGUCCUGAUGCUAUUAACUUAUUUGACGACUAUAAUAUGGCUUUCUGCCUCGAGCUCGGUGUGAACAUGUAUGACCCUUUCGAUUGGUGGUACCAGGUGGGCAACCUUCUCUCCAGCAACGGAACGGUUCUAUAUGAAGGUAAUCACAACGAAGACCUUAACGACACGAGUUGCCUUCUCAGCAUGCACGUAAGCCGGUGGUCAAACGGGUGGUUGACUCCAUCGUCGGACAUCAUGGCCAAAUUGCAGGAAACUUUGUCGUUGUCAGACACGUUCGAGGGUAUUGCGGCAAGCCUUACGCAGUUGGGUCGGGACUCUCGCCCCAGCGAAGUCACAGGCCAAGUGGGACUACCAGUCAUAUAUGUGCAUCUACGCUGGGAGUGGCUCAUUCUGCCGGCUGUACUGGAGGUGGCAGGCAUUGCACUUCUACUGUCGAUUAUGGUCAUGGCCAAACGCGCCAAGACACCGCUAUGGAAAGGGUAG